AUGUGCAACCAGGCGAUGCACGGCUUCCUGGCCGCCCUCCCCAAGUGCGAACACCACAUGCACCUCGAGGGGUCCCUCAGCCCGGAGCUCCUCUUCCAUCUCUCGGAGAAGAACAAGAUCGCCCUCCCCCCGACGACCGAGGACCCAGCCUUCGCCUCGGUGGCGGCCCUGUACGAGCGCUACGCCCGGUUCACCUCGCUGGACGACUUCCUGCACUACUACUACAUCGGCUUCACGGUGCUCCUCCACGAGUCGGACUUUGAGGACCUCGCCUACGCCUACUUCACCAAGGCCGCCUCGCACGGCGUGCACCACGCCGAGGUCUUCUUCGACCCCCAGGUGCACCUCGCCCGCGGGAUCCCCUACGCCACCAUCGUCGGCGGCUUUACGGCCGCCCGCCGCCGCGCCCAGGCCAACCUGGGCAUCACCAGCCUGCUCGUCCCGUGCCUGCUGCGCCACCUGCCCGUGCCCGACUCGCUCGCCUGCUUCUCCACCAUGCGCGACGCCGGCCACUUUGCCGACGGCACCCUCGCCGGCAUGGGCCUGUGCUCGACCGAGCGCGACAACCCGCCCUCGCUGUGGCGCGAGGUCUACGCCCUGGCCGCCGCCGACGGGGUGCGCCUGACCGCCCAUGCUGGUGAGGAAGGCCCUGCGGCCUACGUGACCGAGGCGCUGGACGUGCUCAAGGUCACGCGCAUCGACCACGGCGUCAACGCCCGCCACGACGCCGACGUCAUGAGGAGGCUGGCUGGGGACAGGGUCAUGCUGAGCGUGUGUCCCCUGUCCAACGUUGUGCUGCGCGGCGUCACCAAGGUGUCCGAGGUGCCCAUCCGCGUGUUCCUGGACAACAACGUGCCGUUCAGCAUCAACAGUGACGACCCGGCUUAUUUUGGCGGGUAUAUCCUGGACAACUACUGCGCGGUGCAGGAGGCGUUUGGGCUGAGCGUGGACGAGUGGCGGACCGUGGCCAGGAAUGCUGUCAAGGGCAGCUGGUGUGAUGAGGCGAGGAAGGAGGUCAUUCUGGGAGAGAUUGAGAGGGUGGUGGGUGAGUGGAGGGAGAAGAUCACGGCGUAG